AUGGCAGCCAACAGGUUGAAAGGUGUACUCGCGCACCUUGGCGCGUCGCCCAAGCCUCUUCCUACCUUUGAUGAGCUACCCAAUUUCAAGGAGUUUCCGGGAUGCGCGUGGGCGGUCUGGGGAGGUAGUGACCAACUUGGGACAAUCAAUCUCCUGACGGACGAGGUGGUGAAAAGGGCAGCCCAAGAAGAAAUUAGGUCAGGGAAGUCGGUGUGUUUGAAUUGGCCACUGAACUUUCCAGAGAAGCCUAUGUUCAACCGCAAAUCGCCUGAUAUCCUCAGCAAAGUCCGGAGCCCACCAGGAAUAACGAGAGACGACGAGAUCCAUAUCAAUACACAAUCUGGGACCCAAUGGGACGGCUUAAAGCAUUUUGGCUUGAUCGAACAUGGCGUAUUUUAUAACAAUACGCCGGCCACUGAACUUCCCAUUGGAAAGUUCACAUACCCAGACCCGCUGAAAGUUGAUCCGGAAAUGAUCAAACUGGGCAUACAAAACUGGGCGCAGCACGGAAUUUGCGGCCGUGGUGUUUUCCUCGACCUCGUCAAGUUCUUCACUGACUCGGAGAAGGCACUUCCGUACGACCCCUGGGCCACACACGGCAUCAGCGUGAAAGACCUCGAGGCUUGCGCCAAGUACCAAGGAACUCAGUUCAGACAAGGCGAUAUCCUCCUUCUCCGUGUAGGCUUCAUGCAGAAGUACAAUCGGAGCACUCAAGCCGAAAAAGAUGCCCUCGCCAACAAGCCUGAGACUUUUGCUGGAAUCGAACAAUCGACUGAGAUGAAGCGUUUCUUGUGGGAUAACCAUUUUGCUGCCAUAGCUUCUGACCAGCCAGCUUUGGAGCGUUGGCCAGUACCAGCGGGUGUUCCCCAUAUGCAUCAGGCUAACUCUACUAGGGUACGUGCCAAAGCUUCAGCACCCAAAUACAAUUCGAUGACUAUUUUUUUCCAACGUUUUAGUCUCUGGGGCAUGCCAAUUGGUGAAUUCUUCGAUCUCGAAAAGCUGUCGCAGGUGUGCGCUGAGACGCGGCGCUACACGUUCUUCUUCUCCUCUUGGCCGCUUAACAUUCUCGGUGGUUGUGCAAGCCCACCUAACGCAGCAGCGCUUUUUUGA